AUGAGUAAAUUAAUGGUGGAGAUGGUGCUGCAGCAAUUAGGACCAACAGUAAACUUCUCGGUGACAAAGUAUACCCGCCUCCGCUCACAACUGGCCAGCAACACAUUCUCCUCCACCAAUAACCACUGCCGUCUGGCUAUCGAGACCAACUCCUAG